CCCUUCCAUUCUCCCCUGCCCACCACCCCACCAACCCUCGCCCACCCCCAGCCCGUGGUGUGUUGCUCCCAGUGCCCUCGUUGUUUCUCCAUGGCAACCUGAGCACUAUAAGGCAGGGGAACUGGCAGCUAAUCCUCAGGAGCUUACACAAUUCUUACUUCUUCUCAUAAGAGGGUUUUACCGACGCAAGUGGUUCUCCGAAAACAACACAAACCCUUCCUCUCAUCCACCAGAGUAGGAAAACAAAAGGUAGAGAGGGAAAAACGCCCUAAGUCAGUGGCAGGGGUCCCAGGUGGGACCAUGCGUUUCUGGAGCCAUGCUGUCCCCACAUUGCUCCUUCUACCCCUGUGUCUGCUGGGGAGGAUUGUGGAGGGCCAGGCCCCGGAACAUGGCAAGGAGAGGGGCUACCUGCAGGAGGCCAUCGGGGCUCUACAACUUGGGUCUCAGACCCAGCUCCAGAGGAACCAGACAGGGAUCCUACUCUCCACUGUCCUCCAGGCUGUGCACUGUGCAGAACGGAUUGGGGGAUCACAGAAGCUCUGUGACAGGUGCCUCACUCCAGACCUUGUCCUCUCUGUCCUGGAGGAUGAUAGGAAGGCUUACCUCACCGAGAAUGACUACCAUAGAGUCUCCACCGUUCUGCUCUACUACAUGAUCAACAUGGAAGACCUGUGUGCCACCAACCCCUCCCCUUCCUCCUUUCCCUCCUUGUCACCUAGCUACCAGUACUACCUUCUGGCCCUGACCAACCUCCAACCUACAGAAGAAAGAGGCUUCCUCUCCAAUGAGAUAGAGAGCAUUCUGCAGCUCAUCAACCAGAACUAUCAACCACCUACUCCAGAGACAUCUGGCUCCUCCCACUCACAGUGUAUCGAUGCCUCUCAUCUACUGGAUGAGUUGGGGAUCACAGAUAGCCAAGGUGCUGAUCCAUCCUCAGUGUCCAAACUGUCUGCAGCCAUCAUCACCCACACCCUGCAGGGCCACUGUUUCAGCAAGAGGAACCUGCCCUCCCCUGCCUUCUUUACAGAUUACAUCUUCCAGUCCCUCAACCGCACCAGCAACCUACAUGUCAGGGAUUUGGAGGAGCUGCUGCACCAGCUUGGUGUGGGAGGUGGAGGGGCCUAUCACUCACAUUGCAGGGAGAAGCGGAGCAUCACAGGCCCCUCCCAUAUAGGCUGUGUCCAUGAGCCUUUGGGGAUCAACACAGACUGGACACAGGUAUGCUUCUCAGCCAAUCAGCUGGUGGAUAUUUUUGUCCUGGAUCCGCAUUUGACAAUUUCCCGGGAUCACUUCAGACACAUCUGCCCGGCUGUUAUCCAGCAGUUGCUAGGGAAUGCCUGUGAGUCCACAGAGCCAGCUACACGAGGAUCUCCACCCAGUGCCAUUGAGAAAUAUGGCUACAGUACGGCUGCUGUGUUACUCAUCACCGUGGGCUCCAUGUUGGGCAUCUGCCUGAUCUUCUUCAACUCCUGCCAGGAGACCUACGCCCUCAUCCUGCAGCUCUUUGUGGGCCUGGCCGUGGGAACCCUCUCAGGGGAUGCCCUCCUGCACCUCAUACCACAGAUCCUUGGCCUCCAUGACGACAGUCACCAUUACGAUCAUCACUUAACUGAGGGAAAGGAAUACCUGUGGAAGAUUUUGGGAAUCAUUGCUGGAAUCUAUGGCUUUUUCCUCAUCGAAAGGAUCUUCUCCCUUGUGAUGCCAUCACAUGGCCAUGGUCACGGGGGCCUGGGCAAUUCCCAUGACCUCCCCCUGGAGCUCAACUGCAACGGCCAGUCACAGAGGGGCAUGUCUAUCUCAACCAUGCAGCUGGGAACUGUGGAGGACUUAGAAUGCACAGAAAUCCCAUCAGAGGAGGCUGAACCAAGAACCCCUAUGCAUCAGAGACAGGGUAUUCCUGUACUGGCUGUGAUGGUAAUCGUGGGAGACAGCCUCCAUAACUUUGCUGAUGGCCUGGUGGUGGGGGCGGCCUUCUCCUCGUCCACCGAGACAGGCAUGGCGACCACCGUGGCCAUCCUCUGCCAUGAAAUCCCUCAUGAAAUGGGUGACUUUGCGGUGUUGCUAAGCUCAGGUCUCUCUGUGAGGAAUGCAGUGAUGAUGAACCUCCUCAGUGCUCUGACGGCCUUCAUCGGCCUCUACAUCGGCCUCUUCGUCUCCUCGGAACCAGAGGUCCAGCAGUGGAUCUUCACCGUUACCGCGGGGAUCUUCCUCUAUCUGUCGCUGGUAGAGAUGCUUCCAGAGAUGAGUCGUGUGAAGACCAACAGGCCCUGUAUCAUGUUCCUCCUGCAGAACCUUGGCCUCCUAAUGGGCUGGGCCUGUCUUCUGCUCCUUGCACUGUUUGAGCACAAACUUAAGUUUUGAUGACAGGACACACACAUCCUACUAUGGUAUCUGCCAUGCAAAUGUGUAAUUGAUGGCAAUGUUGAUGGUACUUUGUGGUCUUGUCAACAAAAACAAACAUCUUGUUUAUUGAUUACUGUAUUAUUUACUGAUACACCAUAUGAAGACAGCGAACAGCACAUUUAAAAUGUUGCAAGAAACAUUUCAUAAGUGACAGGAUAAUAGAGUGACGUGAAUAAUAGCAGUGACGAUGUGAAUCAAAUGUCAUUUUAGAUCCAGUGGUUACGCAUAAUGUGUUAGAGCUGGAUGAAUCCACUUUUUGUAUGAAUCAGGUGACUAAAUGUGAUCUUUAGGACAUGAACACAUCUUCUGUGUGAUGAUUUAUUUUUGUAUGAUGUACUGUGUAACAUAGCUAGCUUACAAUCUGUCUGUCACAUCUAUGUCUGGACAUGAUAGUGUCAGAUGUCUAGUCUACAGUGCCAGACGAGCUCUUUAUAUACAGAUACAUUGCUUGUAUGUGUAUAUUUACUAUGGUAUACAGUGUCUUCAGAAAGUAUUCAGACCCCUUGACUUUUCCACAUUUUGUUACGUUACAGCCUUACUCUAAAAUGUAUUAAAUGGUUUGUUUAUAUCAAUCUACACACAAUAACCCAUAAUGACAAAGCAAAAUUGGGUUUUUAGAAAUUUUUGCUAAUUUCUUUAACACUGAAAUAUGAUAUUUACAUAAGUAUUCAGACCCUUUACUUUGAAGCAGCGAUUACAGCCUUGCGUGUUCUUGGGUAUGACGCUACAAGCUUGGCACAUCUGUAUUUGGGGAGUUUCUCCCAUUCUUCUCUGCAGAUCCUCUCAAGCUCUUUCAGGUUGGAUGGGAAGCGUUGCUGCACAACUUUUUUCAUAUCUCUCCAGAGAUGUUCAAUUGGGUUCAAAUCCUGACCAGUCUCCCAGUCCCUGCCGUUGAAAAACAUCCACCCAGCAUGGUUUCCCCCAGACUUGGUGCUUUGCAUUCAUGCCAAAGAGUUCAAUCUUGGUUUCAUCAGACCAGAGAAUCUUGCUUCUCAUGGUCUGAGAGUCUUUACGUGCCUGUUGGCAAACUCCAGGUGGGCUGUCACGUGCCUUUUACUGAGAAGUGGCUUCUGUCUGGCCACUAUUUAACCUUUAUUUAACUAGCCAAGUCAGUUAAGAACAUAUUUUAAUUUACAAUGACGACCUACACUGGCCAAACCCCAACGCGGACGACCCCUAUGGGUCUCCCAAUCACGGCCAGUUGUGAUACAGCCUGGAAUCGAACCAGGGUUUGUAGUGACGCCUCUAGCACUGAGAUGCUGUGCCACUCGGGAGCCCAAAGGCCUACUUAGUGGAGUACUGCAGAGAUGGUUGCCCUUCUGGAAGGUUCUCCCAUCUCCACAUAGGAACUCUAGAGCUCUGUCAGAGUAACCACCUCCCUGAACACUUAUUGGAGAGGGCCUUGGUCACCUCCCUGACCAAGGCCCUUCUCCCCCGAUUGCUCUGUUUGCGGCCAUCUCUAGGAAGAGUCUUGGUGGUUCCAAACUUCUUCCGUUUGAGAAUGAUGGAGGCCACUUUGUUUUUGGGUACCUUGAAUGCUGCAGAAAUGUUUUGGUACUCUUCCCCAGAUCUGUGCUUCGACACAAAUCUGUCUUGGCUCUACGGCCAAUUCCUUCAACCUCAUGGCUUGUUUUUUGCUCUGAUAUGCACUGUCAACUGUGGGACCUUGUAUAGACAGGUGUGUGCCUUUCCAAAUCAUCUCCACUCAAUUGAAUUCACGAUAGGUGGAAUCCAAUCAAGUUGUAAAAACAUCUCAAGGAUGAUCAAUUUCGAAAGGGUCUGAAUACUUACGUAAAUAAGGUAUUUCUGUUUUUUGUUUAAUAAAUGUACAAAAACCUGUUUUUCCUAAUUCAUUAUGGGGUAUUGUGUGUAGAUUGCUGAGGAAAUUGUUUUAUUUAAUCAAUUUUAGAAUAGGGCUGUAGCGUAAUAAAAUGUGGAAAAAGUCAAGGGGUCUGAAUACUUUCCGAAGGAAACAUCAAAAUCAUGGAAACACCAAAAAAGUGUCUUAAGGGUGUUGGGCCACCACGAGCUGGCAGAACAGCUUCAAUGUGCCUUGGCAUAUACUCUACAAGUGUCUGGAACUCUAUUGGAGGGAUGCGACACCUCUCUUCAACGAGAAAUUCCAUAAUUUGGUGUUUUGUUGAUGGUGGUGGAAAAUGCUGUCUCAGGCACUGAUCCAGAAUCUCCCAAAAGUGUUCAGUUGGGUUGAGAUCUGUUGAGUGAGAGAAACACACACACACACACUGCUUUAAACCCCCUAUGCUCCUUUGAGACCCCUCUUUCAAAGUAAGUGAGAUCUCUUCUAGCCAUGGUAGACAAAAAAUGGGCAACUGGGCAUUUUUAUACAUGACUCUAAGCAUGAUGGGCUGUUAAUUGUUUAAUUAACUCAGGAACAAACACCUGUGUGGGUGCACCUGAUUUCAAUAUACUUUGUAUCCCUCAUUUACUCAAGUGUUUCCUUUAUUUUGGCAGCUUACCUAUAUCUUCAUUAUGAUAUAAGGCUGGUGUUGUUGACAAUCAAACCAUCCAUUGAUCCCCAUUUGAUUAGGAAGCCAAACCAAGACUCAACCUUAUUUCUUUCACUAACAUAGAUGAUCAAAACUAAAGAUAAUAUAAUUGAAGUAAAUACUUGGAACACAAACUCCAUUACUGAAUAUCUAUAAUUGGUUGUCAGUAUAAUACUCUGAAUACAGCACUUUGGGGUCUCAAUAAGUGACCUUAGUUAGCAGCUGAUAUUUCCCAGGUAUCGGGAAGCGCAAGCAAAAAGAUUGAAGAAACGAUGGUUGUUUACUCAGCCCAAUUCUUAUUGAUUCGGAGAUGGAUGCCUAAUGCAUAUGUUGCGGCCAAGGUCUAUCAUGUCUAUCUCCUUUUUGUUAAUCACUCAUGUUGGGGAGGGACGGUUGGGAAAUCACCUAGUCUUAGUAUGUAAACAAAUGUGACAAUCAAUAAAAACAAAACUUUUCUUCAAA